AUGACGAAACCAUCCACCAACCCAUCAAGCAGAAACAUCCCAACAGCCACCAAUCCUAUACUAGUGCAGAGCCCAGUUGGAAUGGAGAGGUCCUCAAAUGUCCACUCCGGAAACCCUCCGAGACCCAGAAUGACGCCUAGGAAGGAGAGGGAAAGGGGAGCCAUGGUGCCUCCCAGAAGUUACCGACAAAGACCAUCGAAGACAGGCCGCGACCCGGAGCCGUCAUCAGUGAGGAAAGAGAGGCUACAGAAGGAGAAGCAAGAGACGCAUGAGGUGAUGGCGGAGCAGGAGACAGAAGGGAAGGUGAAAUCCACUGUAGUGGACAUAGACAGCGUGAGAGAAGAUGAGGUGAAGGAGGAGAACCUGGGGCUCCUUGAGGCAGCAGAGCAGGAGGACGGUUUGAAGCGCAAGAACCUUGGAGUGUUUGAGUGGCUGCUGAUGGUCUUCGUCUUGGCUCUGGUUCUUCUCUUCCUCCCUCUUUCCAUCUGGUUCUGUGUCAAAGUAGUGAGGGAGCAUGAGAGAGCUGUGAUCUUCAGACUGGGUCACCUACUGCGUGGAAGGCCCAGAGGACCAGGCCUUCUUUUCUACCUCCCACUCCUCGAUGUGUGUCAUAAGGUAGACAUCCGACUGCAAAUGCUGAAGGUUCCUCUUCACAGGGUGGUGACAAAGGACUUGGUGAGGCUGGAGUUGAGUGCAGUGUGUUAUUACCAGAUAGAGAACGUGGCUUUGUGUAGCACAGCUCUGUCCAGUCUGACCACAGUGCUGCAGACUCUGGUCCAGGCAGCGGUCAGAGACCUUCUCGCCCAACACACAUUCAGCCACGUCCUGCUACACAGGAGGAAGAUCGGACAGAAGAUACAAGCAGCUGUUGACUCUGUUGCUUGCCGCUGGGGCAUCAGGGUGGAGAGAGCAGACAUAGACGAGCUCAGUUUUCCUGUGGAGUUACAGCAGAGUCUGGCUGCUGAGGCUGAGGCCAAGAGACAACACCAGGCAAAAGCAGCAGAAGGGGAGAGAGAUGCUUGGGAGGGGUUCAGGGCUUCCCUCCGUCUCCUCCAUCCUGCCCUGGUCCUUCCACUCCCUCCAGAUCUCCUCAACAUGACCACUGACCUCUCAUCCCUACCACCCCCUCCUCCCCCUGCUGCGGAAGAAGAGGGGGGGCUGACAGAGGGGGAAACAGACAGAGACUCACCAAUGAUGUGA